AUGGAUACAGAGAUCUCAGUCCAGGAACAAAGUCCUCUAGAGUUGGAUUUAAAUGAAAUUACUAGGAAAAUUUUAUUUCUUGACAAAUGGAGAGGCAUCUUCAGGUAUUAUAGGUUGGGAACCAAUAACACAAAUCCUCAGAAUCACGAUGGCAACCAUACAUGUGCGGAGGAAACUGAAGACGGAUCUGGAAUGCUUCGGCCCAAAGGACAAGGACAGUUGCCAUCCAGUAGUUUUUGUUCUCUCCCCAAACUCCCCACCAUCUCUUCAGAACUGAAUGGUUUCCCCAUCUCCCCAGCCAUGGCCACAAUGUUGCAAAGAAGUCUCUUUGGAAAUACCGUCGAUGUCCUGGGCAGAGACUGGAGGAGGGCACAUUUCAAGUUUCACCGUCCCUUCUCCGAUCUGGCUUUUGCUUUACAAGUAGAAAAGGGAGGCGCCCAGAGCAUUCAGAUGGCUGUCCAAGGAUCCAUCAUCAAACACUUACUGUUUUCUAGAGAGCGAAAAGACUGCAGCCUGCACAGCUUAUGCAACCUGAGCCAGCGUGAGCAGGAGCAAGCUCUAGCUGCCGUGCUGGCCGACAUCCUGUGGACUGCAGGAGCAGCUGAGAAGGCCGUCAUCUGUUUUGUCACCACAGACAUCCAUAGCACUCCGAUUCUUGACUACUCCAGCAACAAUUUCCCUGAGAGGCUCCAGCUGUUUGAAUUUUCAGAGAAAGAAGCCGCUGAGAAAUUCAUCUAUGAUCAUUUACAAUGUUUCCAAGGGGAAAGAAGCCAUGGUGUCAUCCUGUUCCUCUACAGCCUGGUCUUCUCCAGAACGUUUGAGAGGCUUCAGAAGGACCUGGAUGUCACCACCACUCAUCUCUUGCAGUCUCGUGCUGGAAGCAUCCUGUGCAGGCAGGCAGUUAUAAACAUGGUUUUGACUGGGAGAGCAAGUCCAAAUGUCUUCAACGGCGAUGAGAAAGGAAGGUCUGGGGAAACAUUACACGGAGUCCUGACCCGCAGUGAUGUCGGCUACUUGCAGUGGGGUAAGGACGCUUCUGAGGGUGACCGACUCUUGCAGGUGGGCAGCAUGCUGAAGACUCCCACGUUUCCUAUCUGGCUGUGCAACAUCAGUGGAAAUUACAGCAUCCUUUUCUGCACAAACAGGCAGCUCUUAUCAGACUGGAAAAUGGAGCGUGUCUUUGAUCUGCACUUUUACAGUGGGCAGCCCUCACAGAAAAAGCCUGUGCGUCUUACAAUAGACACUCACUCCCAUCACUGGGAAGGGGAGCACCGUGAGGAUAAACAUGGAUCAGGAAGACGGUUUUCUCCAGUGGAAAUGGCUGUCAGAACUAAAUGGAGAGAGGCUACUGUCAACUGGAAUGGAACGAUUCCCUUCUUCUAAAAAGAAAACUAGAAACUUGUCUGAAGGGCCAGAACAAACGGAAUGACAGGGGUGCAGGGGUGAGCAUUUAAUUCCUACA